AACCAAAACUAUGUCUUUUUCAGCACAUUUAGUCAAUGUCUGGAUGAAAGAGAAAUGUCUUUCACAUGAUUAGCUUCUCCUGGUAGCCUGUAGGUGGGUGUGUUUAACAGAAGGAAGCAGUAGAAAUGAGCCUGUCAGACUGCCUUUACAGCUAAUUAGCUCAGCAUAUAACAAAGAUAAGUGAGCCAGGGAGGAGGACCCCCUGCAGGAUCUUUUGAUUCUGGGCAAUGUCUGAUUGGCAGAUGUUGAAAGAGAUUCUUUAGUAAUCCAGAGCAUCAAUGAACUGCACAAAAUCAGUAGGGGACUGGAAUAAUUCAGGCAUGAGGAUACUUUGUGGGUACACUCUGGAAAAGCAGAACCAAGAUGGACAGAACCUUGGAGUCCCUGCAAUAUUUAAUUGCCCAAGUGCUGCCUCAUCGCGACCCUGCCUUUGUAUUUAAAGACUUGAAUGUUGUAGCAAUGCUGCAGGAAUUCUGGGAGAACAAACAGAAGCAGAGAGCUGUAUUUUCUAGUGAAGGCACAGUGGUGUAUGAAUCAUUGAACUCACCUGGUCCUCCUUUUGUCAGUUAUGUCACCCUACCUGGAGGAAGCUGUUUUGGCAACUUUCAGUGCUGCUUAAGCAGAGCAGAGGCAAGACGAGAUGCUGCAAAAGUGGCUCUGAUCAACUCUCUGUUCAAUGAAUUGCCUUGUCGCAAGAUCACAAAGGAGUUCAUUAUGGAAAGUGUUCAAGAAGCGGUUUCCUCAACCAGUGGUUCUUUAAGCGAUGCUGAUGACCCAAGCACAAGCAUCGGGGCCUAUCAUUAUAUGUUGGAGUCAAACAUCGGGAAAACUAUGUUAGAAUUUCAGGAGCUGAUGAUAGUCUUUCAGCUACUGCACUGGAAUGGAAGCCUUAAAGCCUUACGUGAAACAAAGUGUUCCCGUCAGGAAGUAAUUUCCUAUUAUUCCCAGUAUUCCUUAGAUGAAAGGAUGAGAAGUCAUAUGGCCCUGGACUGGAUUAUGAAGGAACAAGAAUCUCCAGGAAUUAUUUCCCAAGAGCUACAAGUGGCACAGAGAGAACUGGAGGAAGCCAGGAAAGCUGGACAAGAAUUACGGUUUUACAAAGAAAAGAAGGAAAUACUGAGUUUAGCACUAAGCCAGAUCUACAGCAACCAAAUUACCCCAUCCUCAAAUAAUGAUCAAAUGGACCUGGCCCUAAGUGGCUAUCACUAGCACAACCCUGUUGCUCUGAAGUAGGAUUAUAACACUGAACUCUAAUUCUUGCCAGUUAGGUCACACAUGGAAGUAGCCCAUAGUCACUUGCAUUUGCUGUUUUGUGUAUUCUCUAGAGCCGAAGAAAUCACAUAUUUGAAAGAAAAUAUUUUCAACUUCAGAUCUAAACAGAAACAGUAUCCCUUGGUCCAUGAAGUGGUAUACAAAUGAUGUAUUAAAGCUAACUUGAACAGAAAAUUGCUGCGGAAAACUUUGGUGGCAUGUUAGUGAUAUACAAUGUUGAUCAGUACAAAAUCUUCCUCAGUAAGAGAAACUAGUACAAAAAUAAAGGAAAUAUUUGGUUACAGGUUUUGUACAGAUCUUCUGAUUGAAAAGCAAGGCAUUACUAGUACCAGAUGACAUGAAGGAAUAUAGUGUGGUAUACAAGGCCUGUCACACACACACACACACACACUCUACAUCACCAUUCUGGUUUCCUAGUGACAAAGCAAGCAAAUAGUAUUGCUGUUGUCUCUGUGAUUUAUUUUCUCUGUGUUACUGGAGGAAGAUUCUUCCAGUAGCAUAGACUAUAAAAAUAGUUCAGUUUAAACACAGCUAUUCUGCAAAAGCCUCACUGCAUGUACAACUAUUUAGUACAGGUUGAGCCUCUCCAGUGUGGCACCCUCA